AUGUCGACAUACACCCCACACUCAGAGAUGCACGCCGCAGACAGAGGCUACCUUUUGACCUCUGUCGUUUCUGACAUUCGUUCUACUUCCUCCCUCACCGACAUUAGCAACACCUGCAGCAGGAGCAGCAGCAGGGACAGUAGCAGGAGCAGCUGCAAUAACAGCUGCACGAGCAGGUCCUUGGCUGACACAGAGGAGGUAAGCAGGGACCUGUUGCUGCAGGGAGCAGCAAUUCAAGCUUAUGAGUCCCCCAUUCAUUUGAUGCCGCUUGGGAAGGAGGAGGAGGUUGCUCAUCGCUGCUGCACUCUAGACGACCUGCAGAUCCGGCAGCACUGCACCGAACAGGAGCAGGAGCAGGAGCUUGGGGAUCUUCUGGUGGGCGAGGCGAUAGAAGAGUUGGAGGGGAAGCUGCCAGUAAGCAGCGACACGGAAAUGGAGACUUGCUCUGGCUCACCUGUCGAGGAGCUUCCGUACCAUCAUCAUCAUCAGCAUCAGGAUCAUCAUCAUCAUUACCAUCAUCUUCAGCAGCAGCAGCAGGAACAGCAACAGGAGCAGCAGCAGCAACAACAACAGCAGCAGGAGCAGGAGCAGCAGCAGGAGCAGCAGCAGAAGAAGGUUCUGUUGGAUAACAAUCUGUUAGAUAACAAUAAAGAUUGCUCCUACCCCAUAGACGAGUCUACUAGGGUGUCUGUGUUGCCUCUGUUUACUGUUGUUAACAAGACGGAGGCUUCUGGGGGCCCUCCGACUCCGAGCUUCGAGUGGAAGUAUGAGAAGCUGCAGCAGAAGCUGCAGCAGCAUCAGCAGCAGCAGCACCAUCAUGAACAGCAGCAAGAGCAGCAGCAGCAGAUGCAGGACGAAGAAGAGGGCGGCGACCUUGCUUUAAGAUGGGAGUGCCGUGUUGUUACCCCUUGCGUUGGCUUAGGGGUCGACUGCUUCUCUGCAGAAGGAUGUGGGGUUGUUGUUUGUGGGUCUCCUUAUUCUUUAUUUAACAAUUGUUGCAACGUCGAGCUCCCUACCCCCUUUGUUAUCCGCAGCGGCAGCAGCAGCAGCAGGGACAGUCUCAUCACCCCUCCAACUGACUCCUCAGGCAGGGGGGGCCUAGGUGCUGCUUCUGCAGGAGACCGCAAGGCUCUCACUCAUGUUGGCCACAUAGAAGAAGAAAUACUCUUAGAUGCAGACGAUAAACAAGCAGCUGCACAUACCCUUGGAUGGGGUAAACCCAUUAAACUCUUCGUAGGAACUUG